GAACCUUCACCUGAUAAACGAAAGGUUCAAUUCAAAGCUAGUAGAAACUCGAAUCGGAGAGCAAAAAUGGGGUCGACUGCCAUUUCUACACAACAAGCAUUCUGCAGUCUCCAAAAAUUCACUCCUUUAAGCUACGCUAGCAGUUGUAGAAGUUUAAGGAGUAGGAGAAAAUGGGCGGUGCCGGCUAGGUGUUGUUCGCCGGCGACGGAUGUAGCGACGGCGGCGAAAGAAAACCGACGGGAAUUGCUGAAAAACGGCGACGAUAAGCUGGAAAUAUGCAGAGUAUUGAACGGGAUGUGGCAAACUAGUGGUGGAUGGGGAAGAAUCGAUCGAAACGACGCCGUUGAAGCUAUGCUUAACUAUGCAGACGAUGGGCUUUCUACUUUCGACAUGGCUGACCACUAUGGACCUGCUGAAGAUCUUUAUGGCAUCUUCAUUAACAGAGUACGCAGAGAGCGCCCACCAGAACUUCUAGAAACUGUGAGAGGUCUUACCAAAUGGGUGCCACCACCGGUCAAGAUGACCCGCAGUUUUGUCAGUGAGAGCAUUGAUGUUUCAAGAAGAAGGAUGGAUGUUGCAGCCUUGGACAUGCUUCAAUUUCAUUGGUGGGACUACUCUAAUCCUGGAUACUUAGAUGCACUAAAGCACCUCACGGAUCUCAAAGGAGAAGGCAAGAUUAAGACCAUUGCUUUGACUAAUUUUGACACCGAGAGAUUAAGGAUAAUUCUGGAAAAUGGGAUUCCAGUUGUUAGCAAUCAGGUACAACAUUCAAUUGUUGACAUGCGUCCUCAACAGAAAAUGGCAGAGCUUUGUCAGCUUACAGGAGUCAAACUUAUAACGUAUGGAACAGUAAUGGGAGGGUUAUUAUCUGAAAAGUUCCUCGAUACCAACUUAACGAUACCUUUUGCUGGCCCUGCAUUGAACACUCCUUCACUACAGAAGUACAAAAGGAUGGUUGACGCUUGGGGAGGGUGGAGCCUCUUUCAAGAGUUGCUCAGGACACUGAAAACUGUUGCCAACAAACAUGGAGUCUCCAUUCCAACAGUUGCUGUGAGAUUUAUACUGGAUCAGCCAGCCGUGGCAGGAUCAAUGAUAGGUGUUAGGCUCGGUCUGUCGCAACACAUUAAAGAUGCCAAUGCUGUGUUUUCUCUUGUUCUUGAUGUAGAAGACAUUAGCAACAUCCUACAAGUCACAAACAAGGGCAGAGAUCUUCAAAAAGUUAUUGGCGAUUGCGGGGAUGAAUACAGGCGUGCUUAGAGCCUCAAGGGCGGUGAAAUUCACUUGAUAUGUAUAAAUAAUCUAUCAAGAACCUCGAUAAGAAAAAAGGGUUAUGUUUUAAAAUCAAUAAACUUCAAAAUCUUGGAUACUUCUCAGUUCUCUGUAAGGAUCAUUCUUUAUCUUCUGUACAAAUUUUUGACUACAUGGAAUAUAUACGUAAUACAUAAUCAUUUUUGUCUA